AUGUCGAGCAGCAGAAAGGGAGUGCCAGCAUCUCAAGAAGCAUUGGACACCUUCGUGACGACGCAGAUACUGGAUAAUGGCAUGGAUGUGAUCGCAAACAAAAUAAAUUUGCUACGCGAGAAGUUAUUGCAGUCUGGGCGAAACGAGGUUGACGCGCAGACAAAGAAAAGAUGGGCUAAACGGCUUCAACAUUGGCUUGCGCUGGCAUGCCGUCUGCUAGCGACGCAGCGACAACAGCUGCAUCACUGUAUUGAGCGUGUUGAACAUGACUACAGUCGAGGGGAGGUUGGUCUUGGAACAGGAAAAAUAGAAGUGAAAGAAGAAGAAGAAACUAAUCUCUACAGCCGGACAUAUACUCGUCUGAGGGGAGCAAGUUCCUCGUCGGUCCAAGCAUCCAUAGAUAGCGAUAGCUAUGCUAACGCUUUCAUCCCGGACAUGAAAGAUAUACCGCGUGAAGGUUGCCAUGUUGCAGCUAAAGUAGCACGCAGCCACGAAUUGUGGAUCAUGGCGCGUGUGGUCAAAUAUAAUGCCGAUUCACGGACGUACGAAGUGGAGGACGUUGACUGCGGCGAUGAGGAUGGCGAGGAUGAUGCAGUAAAGAGACACUACAUUGUCGCAUGGCAGCAUGUAGUCGAGCUACCUGGCGACUCACUAUCAGAGGGAGAAUGGAUUCAGUAUUCUUUGAACGAGCGCGUCAUGGCCAUGUAUCCUAACACGACCAGCUUCUUUCGCAGCACUAUUCGAGUUCCCAACCCAAAGGGCGCUCCGUACGUUAUACUCAAGUUUGACGAAGACGAGGACGAGCACGGUUUGGUGCCCGACCGAAAAGUACCUUUUCGGUUCGUUGCUCCUCUAAAACCGUGGCAUCAAAUGUAA